CAAUAAUUACAAUAAAUUCAUUGAGAGUAGGAUUAUUUAUUUGGUUGUUUAUUUAAUAAUGAUGAAGGAAUAAUAAGUGAAGUGUUUGAUUAUGUCACGCAUACAUACGCUCAGGUACAAACACACACACGCUCACACAAAAGCACAAACAUACAUAUACGCGUAUGAUUCAAAAGAAGCCAGUGGAUAAUGCAAUGAACACUGUGAAAAUGCUCCAUCAUCAACAUCAUAGUCGACAUUAUAUUCAACAUAAUAAUGGUCAAUUAUCAACAUUUAAAUAAAGGGCUACAUGAGGCAUCACAGCUCUCAUCUGCACCCACAGUUACACAUCAACAUCAUAACUGCCGUGAUGAUAUAAUAGGCAAGGAGAAAUUAAUAGACGAUUUGACUCAAAUUCAUGUUGGAUGGAAUUUGUCUAAGGAGUUAAGAGAAAAUCUUAAGAAUAUACCUAAUUUAUUUAUAAAUACAACUGCUGCCACAAAUACUAAGAACAAUAAUGAUAAUAGUAAUAUCGAUGAUACAACUACAAUAGAAAGUUGGACAGAUUCAUUGAAGCAGUCUGUGCUAUUACAAAAAAUCCUAUUGAGAAGAAUGCAAAAUUCAAAUCUCUACAAGAAUACAAGUCCACUGAAUUACUUCUCUAAAAGUGGUAUUCACAAUAAUAAUAAUAAUAACAACAAUAUGACUGGGAAUAGUUUACCAGAGAAAUUUUCUGUCAAAUUUCGAUUUAGAGAUUUCAAUGAAUCACAUAUCAGUGAAACGGAGGAUCAGAUAGCUACUGUUCAUAUAUUUAAUCGAUAUCUAACUAAAGAUGAACUUGUUGAAGCGGAUCAGUUACACAUUGACACAGAUAUUUAUUCAUCGUCUGAUGAUGUAAUUGAUAAGUUCACUGCUGGACAGUUUAUCAUUACGCCUACAAGUGAUGAAGAACUCGGACUGGAUCACAAUUCACGUUUACAUGCAAGACAUCGAAUAUACGAAGAAUACUUGAAAAGUUUAGAGAAACGAUACAGUAUUAAGCUAAAUGAAUCUGAUGUCUACAGUCCUUCAAUGAACGAUGAUUAUCAUAAUGAUCCCAUCGGAUAUGAUCUUCUACCGGAGAGUUUAUUAAUGUCAACCAGCACUGCUGCUGCUGCUCCCGAUAAUAUUGAUUAUGUUGAUGAUGGUCUUUACUCCACACUGACACCAGGACAAACUGAUCAAUCGAUGUCAGUUUAUCAGACGAAGACACGACAGAGUACAACAGAAGAGAAAAUAACCGCUAGAAAAUGUGAACAAGAACGUGUACAGAAGAAAACAUUCACCAAUUGGUUGAACACAUAUUUAUGUAAUGCUAAUCCACCCUUGAAAGUACACGAUUUAUUUGAAGAUAUCAAAAAUGGAAUAAUGUUGAUAAGGAUUUUAGAAGUUCUAUCCGGACAGAAGUUGAAAGCUGAGACUCGUCCUCAAAUGCAUAGAAUUCAUUGUCUGUCAAAUAUUAAAACUGGAUUGGAAUUUUUACAUUCCAAAAAUGUGAAAUUGGUCAACGUGAAUCCAACAGAUAUUGCUGAUGGGAAGCCAGCAAUUGUACUUGGUCUUAUAUGGGUUAUUAUACUUUAUUUCCAGAUCGAAGAACAAGAAGAAUUACUACUGAAAAUUUUAGAUCUUCCAGCUGGUUCACUAAAAACCAGAGGUUCGGCUAAACGUGCCUUACAAGCAUGGGUUCAAGAAAUUUUCGCAGGGAAAUAUGAUGUUGAAAUUCGUGAUUUUGGUCCAAGUUGGCGUGAUGGUAUCGCAUUCAAUGCUAUGGUGCAUAAUAUUGACUCAAGUCUUGUUGAAAUGGAUAAAGUUAAAACAAGAACACCUAAAGAAAACUUAGAACAUGCAUUCACUAUAGCAGAAAAACACCUGGGUAUACCAAGACUUCUUGAUCCUGAAGAUGUGGAUGUUGACAGACCAGAUGAAAAAUCAAUUGUCACUUAUGUUGCUCAAUUUUUCAAAGCAUAUCCAGACGCUGGAAGACGAAGACCUGACUCACCUACAAAAGCAGAUGUAAAAGUGAAAAUAGACAGUCUGAUGAAGUUUGUUCGAGAUUCUGAGUCAAAAAUAAGAACAGCUAGAUCUGGCAGAUCAAAUUUAAAUGAUCAAUAUCAGAUUUAUGACCAAUUAACUAGUGAAAAAGCAGAAAAGGAAGAAAUUUAUGAAUCCCUUAAAGAUCAGUGGUACUCUGGUCUUUUAUCCCAUGCUGAUACACUAGUCAAUCCGAGUGAAGUAGAAAUUUUAGAAGAAGCUUGGAAUAACCUGGAUGACAAUAUCAACGAAUGGUUAUGGGAAAUGGAUUCAAAAGUACCUGGGGAACUUGGUCGUAUAUCAAGAUGGUUAUGCCAAGCGGAAAAAUGGUUUAAACAAGUUGGCCUGAAAUGGUAUCAAAAGUCGUCUACUACAGAGGCAGUCGGUUUCUGUGGUACUCAAAAAGAAUCAUGGCGUCCAUCAAGUGCUGAACCGACUAAUUCACCUCCAUCGAGUGAAUUGUUAGAUAAAUUACAGAGCGAAAAAAUUGAGAUUUUCGGUACAAACAAUCAUAAACUCAACUCUAUCCGUGACGAUUUACCCGGAACUAUUGCGAAUGAAAGGUCGACUGGUUUGCCUGCCUCACUAAUCAACCAGUUAGGUAAAAGAUUGUCGUGGAUAACAGGAUAUGAACCCGGUAGCAGUGCAGUUCUUGGUGCGGCCAAAGCUCGCAGGACUUUCCUCGACAUUCUGUAUAAUAUUAAUCGAACAGAAACUAGUACAGGUGUACGUAUACGGAGUCGUCGAAGAGAGAGUGCUACAGGUUUUGAACAUCGUUAUUGUAACUGGUUAGAUCUUGUUGAUGGUAAUAUACAGAUGGAAACAAAGGAAAUGGUCAAUGGAAUUCUGACAGAUUAUCAGCUUUGUCUGAAGACCGAACAUAUUCCAGAGAAAUUAGAUCAGUGUAAAUGUGAGUUGGGAAAGCAUUUGGGCUUAUUGAAUAAAAUCUCUCAGUACGAUGAUAAACUACUGCCGAAAAAUGCUUUGGAAGUAGUUCAACAAUGGCAGGACGAUUGUGAAGCAAAGUGGAAUGUGGAGAAGUCAAAUUAUCUUAUACAACUAGGUGAGAAGAUUAAACAACGUUUAACAGUAUGGGAUAAGCUGGAUCAAUAUAUGAGGAGUAUAGAAACAUCCCUAUCACAACUUGAAAGUUCUAAAGUGCUACUGAAAGAAAAUGAUCGGUACAAUCAACGAGAUGAAAUUUUGAGGUUACUACAAGAAGCCAAUGAAGCAGCGGAUUAUCUUGGAGAAUCAGCUGAUCAUCACCGAUUGAAAAUGUUCCAGAAAAGAAUUGAACAGUUAGACAUUGAAGCUGUAAAAAGAAGACAAGCUGAAAACGAUAGAUUAGAAGCAGAGAGAUUAGCAGAGAAACAAAGACUUGAACAGAAAUUGACUGAUAUUUUAGAUAAAAUAGAGUCGUGGGUAAAUGCAGUGAUAGAUCUUAUAGAAUGUGAAACACCAGCUUCUUCAACUUCACCUUCAAAGUCAAAAAAAUUACAGGUUCGAUGUACUACAAAUGGAUUGUCGAUUAUUGUUGGCCAACUACAAAAAUUGGUUGAUCAGCAACAGCAGAUUAUUGAUUAUCUGCACACAGCUCUCAGUACAAGUCAUGAGCCAGGUAUUCAACCAAUACAUCAUGAACAAAGCAAACGGUUGCAUCGAUUAGAAGAUUCUACAGAAAAAUUCAUCAGUCUACUACCGUUGAGAUUGAAGGAUUUAAUUGAUAUGACUGACAAAAUGAAAGAGAUUGAACAGAAUUUGAGCGAUGCCAGUAUACAAGUGAAACAAUUAGAAAAGAAACAAGGUAGAGUUCUAUUCGAUGAAGAUACGAAUGCAUGGGAUGGUUCACAGUUGUCGCUUGAUUUCAAUGAUUGUCGUGGACACUUAACAUUUGUCAAUGGUCAAAUCAAUGAUUUAGAUCGUGCAUUAUGCCUACAAGCCAAUCGUGGUUUAACAGUUUUGAAUAGAUUCAGUAGUGAAGAAUUACAAGCUGAAGUAAAGAAUUUAAAUGAACGGCUAACUAAUGCUGAGAAGACAAUCAAACGUGAAAUCGCCUAUAAACAAUCAAUCAAUGAAGCUUUUGCAAAGUUUAAACAACAAAUGAAUGAAAUUAAAGAGGCUUUAAAAGACUUGAAGUCAGCUAUAUCGAUUGGUGGUGUUGGUGCUAGUCGCAAAGAAGAAUUAGUCGGUUUAUUGGAAAAUGUAAAGACGCUACAGUCUAAAUACUCAGAAAAUAUGAAAGUCAAUGAGAAACAAUGUGAAAAUAUUAUAAAUUCUGCAGCAUCUCAUGGUGACGCGGAUUCGCUUAUCAAUGAAAUGAAGAACAAGAUAUCACAGAUGAAAAGUGAACUGAACGAACAAUGUCUGGAAAUCAAUAAUGAGUUACAAGGAUUAAAUGUUCAAAUCAAUAAAUCAAUUAAAGAAGUUCAUGAAGCUGAAGAUAAAGUAAAUAAAGCAGAUAAAUGGUUAGUGAAUCAAGAACGUCGGAUAACAGUUUUAUCAGUUGGCCCAAAAGCUUUAGCAAAUGAUCAAGUUGACAGUUUACCGAAUAGGAUAAAAUGUUAUCAACAAUGGGUUGAUGAAUGUAAGAACUUCAUGACAAGUAUAAAAAAUCAGUCUCAAAAGCAUGAAAUCUUCUCUAGCCGAGAUGAAGUUGACUCUGUAUUCUUAGAAAAGAAGACGUGUACAUCAACGGAUUUGCUAGAAUCACUUUCGAAACGAUUGGAACGUCUAGAAGAAGAUACACAAAAACUCCUCAACGAAGCACAAAAGCAGAUGAAAACAAUUGGCGCAUUCCCAGUGCUAAUUCAGUCUUCCCGUCAAUGGCUACACAAAGCCUACAAUGACUACAAAGAGAAGUUGAACAACGCUGCAAAAAUGGAAUCAUCAGAUCAUCACUUGAUGAAUCCAGAACACCUCAAAAAUUGUUUACUAGUUAAACUAAAGUGUUUAACUGAUUUUAUUGCACUGAUCAAUAAUGAAGGCGAAAACCGAUUGGCACAAUGUCGUAAUGCUGUACAACAAAUAGCUGACUCUACAGGACGUAAUGAUACUACGGCUGUGGUUAUGUUAGCUCGUCGAGAAUUGUCCGCCUUUCAUGUAGAAUUGAGUAAUCUACAAAAGGUGAAUGAAGCAGAAUUGAAAAAAAUUCAAGCAAAAAUUGACAGUCACGCUAAACUGGUCAGUAGUAUUGAAACUGAAGAGAAUUGGUUGGACGAUCUUGAGCAACAAGUCACCCAAAACUCCUCAUCUCCAAACGGUUCUCAGUCCAUUAUUCAGAUAAUAUCACGUAUACAGGCGGAUAAUACUCUUUAUAAACAAUUACUUGGCAGUAUCACUUCACAUGGGCAACAGGCUUAUGACCGAUUACAGUUAGAAGCACAGUCAUUGGAGGAUACUGUGUCAAUUGGACGAAUCAAUACUUGGCAAAGUCGUCUGCAAACAUUAAAGCAUAAUUUAGACGAAAAAACUGUCAACACAAAUGAACAGAGCAAAUCACUGCAGGAAUUCAAACAAGGUGUGGAUAACUUCAGAUUAAGCCUGAAGAAUUUAGAGCGUCAACGGAACACAACUCUCAGUACACCGACAGUUAGUUAUGUCAAUAUGGAGACUGACAGUCAACUACUGGAAGAUUCAUACUUGACUAUGAGGAAGCAGAUUGAAGAUCUUCGUGUAAACAGCAAAACCGGAUUACAAACAAAGUAUAAUAAUUUAAAAAGUCAGGCGAAAUCGCUAAACUUCAUUCCUAAAGAUCUGCAUGAAUGUCAAGAGCAAAUCGACCAGUUCAAUAAACAGCUCGACCAGGAUUACAACGAAAUCACCUGUACACUUGGAGAGGUCAACCAAUUAAAUAAAUUAGUGGACAGCAUAAAAACUGUUCUCAAGUUGAAUACUGAUAAAAUUCUCAGUAUCACUAAAAAGGAGCCUCUAGGCACUAGCAGCCUCGACGUCAAUGAGCUUUACACAUUUUAUCAGUCGAACUUUGACGAAAUGAAGUUGAUUUCUCAAAAUCUCGGUGUUGAACUAACCCGUGAAUCACCGUCGAAUCGUAAUAAAUCUUCAAAACUCUCUCAACUUGAAGAACAAAUUGUCCAGAAAAUCGAUAGCCUGAUACUGACUCGUCCCAAAGUCUCCAGCUUCCUGUCGACAAUGCAAAGUGAUCUACGCAGUAAAAUCAAUCAGACAACAAGUGAUGCCUUUGAAAGGCUGUCUGAAGCAUCACGUUUCGUCACUGCUCUACACACAGUUGUAAUCUGUUGCAAAGAGACCCAGAGCAGCUUGGAUUCAAUUGAAAAAGAUUACAACUCUGCUUAUUUAAAGAUCUCCACGGAGUCAGGGGAAUAUAUGAUAAAACAAAUGAACGAUCUACUGGGCCGAAUAAAUUCAGAGGCGAGUGUAAAUCAAACCACACUGAUUGACUCUAUUCAAAAUGUCUCAUCAAAAUAUGCCUAUUCAAGCAUAGAUGAUAUUCUGUCUACCUGUUUAAAACACUACACACGAAGAAAAGAAGCAUUGACAGAGAAAAUUAAGGGUACAAUUGAAAAAUGUGAACAAUCCUUCAACCUUGAGAAUAAUAUUUUGGAAAAUUUAAGAGAACUAGACACUGAAGUGAAUCAGUUAUCAGAUACGAUUAUGAAUCAGAUGUCAGAUAAUAUAUCAAAUGCACAGAAAGCAUUAGAUAAAGACUUUGAAGGUCGAAUCGAUGUGGCGUCAGAUAAAUAUGUAACAUUGAACAGUCGUUAUGAAAAGCUACGUAACAAUCAUAAGCAAGCAAAUUUAAAUAAUGAUAAAAUCAAUGAACUUAUCGUUUCUAUGAGUGUUAAACUUGAAAAUGUUGAUGAAAAUUUAUCCAGCUGGAAAAAUUCUUAUAAGACACAAAAAGAGAAUUUCAUAUCGCUUCAAACAAAACUAAGUCAAUGUAAAGAUCAGCUGAAUAAAAUUCGGUCAGAAAUUUUAAGAAAUUUGCAUAAAUUUAAUGUGAAAUCAACUCCAUAUACUUCAUUGAAACAAAGUUUAGAAAUGAUUAUUGAUGAGUUAACCGAUUAUCAGAGUGAUUUCAGUAAUAUUCAUCAGAUAAUCAUCAAUGAAAAAGAUGUGAAAUCAAUUGAACAUUUCAAAAUCAAUAAAUGUAUUGAUUUGCAUAAACUUGUGAUUGAAAUUAUACAACUAAAGAAUGGUAAUACAUUCACUGUACUCAAUCCUUCAGUUGACUGGAAUGAUUUCGUCACUGAAUUGAACUAUUCAGUCGAAUGGAUUCAAGAUAUUCUUGAUGAAUUCAGAAUGAUUUUAACAGAUUUAAAUAAUUUAUUGACCAAAAUGGACAAUCUGAAAAAGUUGUAUGAAGAAACUAAAAACAUUAUUUCUGAAAAAUGCUUACCUGCUGAAAUCGACAUUGCAUGUAUCACAGUAAAAAGUGAAAAAUCAUCCAUCAAAGGGAAACUUAUUCAUGACCUGGAAACAAUUAAAGAAUAUCAAUUAAUCAGUAUACAAAACGAUUUUAAAGCAAUUAAGCAAAAAGCUAAUCGAUUAUUGAAUAAACCACAAACAGGUGGACAAUUCAAAUUUAUUGAUGAUGCACAAAUCUUUGAAUAUUGUGAAUCAAUGGAAAAAUCAAUUGACUUAUUAGUCAAUAAUUUAAAUGAUAUGAUAGCAAAAUAUAAAAAUUUAUUAGAGAAUGAAAAUCAGUUGUUUAAGUUGUAUACCUCAGUGAACGAAUGGAUUGAAGGUUACGAAAACGAGUUGUCUAACCUUGAAGACAAUAUCCCAACAUCAAAUAUACAAAAUGUACAGUCUUCACCCACUCAUAAACAUAUUGAAAAGCAUAUACAAGAUGCAAAUAAUUUAGAGAAUAAGUGUAAACAAGGUGAAAAAUUAUUGGAAAUGUUGAUCAAUAAGUUAGAACAACAAAAAGAACAACAAAAGUUGACGAAUACUCCAGAAAUCAAAACACUUCAUGAACGUAUCACUGGAUUGAGUAGAUCACGGUUGAGUAAUCUUAAAAGUGCCUUAUUAAACAUGAAAGACAGCUUAGAUAGCCUUGAAGUGAAUGGAAGGAAUAUAGAUGAAGAACUGUCAAAGUAUGAAAGUCAGCUUAACAGGCUGAAACAAACGUCCACUUCACUGUUAACGAUGAUGAAAAUGCAUAAUAUUGACGAAAUAAUGAAAGAGGAGAUCUCCACAUCAAAUGUUGAAAAGUGGUAUGCAUUACGCAAUGAUCUUGAAGGCUUUAAACAUUGUAAACUCGAUCCUUAUGAGGUUAUGCAUAACAAAAUUUCCAUAAAACCAUCCAAAGACUCUCUGACUGGCUAUAUCAAUCGUUACAACAAGUGUUUAAUAGCAACCAAUGAGAGAAUCGGAGAAAUUGAAGAAAACGUUAUGAAAUUGGAGAAAUUCAAAGGAAGUGUACGAGAAUUUAACAAAUAUUAUGAUGAUGCCAAUGCGAGGUUUAAACAGCUUAUGAUUCAUUUGAAAUUAGACUUGCCUGAAGACUACUCACCUAGUAAACUAAGUGAAGUGUGUAAUUUAUUCAUCAAAAAUACACAACAAACUAUAGCUAAUCUGAACGAUUUCAGUUCAAAUUGUCUUGAUAAGCUACAAGCUACUCAAACUCAAAUAAGUAGUCAAAGUGCAGAGGGGGAACUAAAAGCGGCAUUUGAAAGUUCAUCAAUAUUUAAUCAAUACACAUCAUUUCGAUGUGUUCUGAGUGAUUAUAUUCAUGACCUUAGUGUAGCGAACAGUGAAUUAUUCACACUCCACGUGGAUGCUGUUAAUUACGAAAAGUGGUUUGAGAAUCUGCAGCAUCAGUUCCAGGAAACGAAAGGUGAAGCGCUGACCGAGGAAAUGUUAUACAGUAGUAAAAGCAAUAUAUAUCAUUCUAACUCAUCGCUGUCAAUCAGUCAGCUGGAUGAAGAAUCUAAAAUCAGUGCGUAUAACCUGUCACAAUUAAAUGCCCAUUAUCAGAAAGCUCUACAAAGGCUGCGUGAAUUGCAAAAGUCCGCCGCCAACGAAUCGUUAACUAGUCUUGCCGAGAGAUUUUCAACUCUUAUCCGACAACUAGUCAAUACACACAGCUCACUGGCUAAAUUAACUACUGAACGACAACUGGACGGAAAGACAACCAAUCAUCGUGUAGACCAGAUCUGCAAUACCGUGAAACAAACACAGCAAGGUGUUAUUCAACAAAUCAAUCAGGAUGUCAAUACGAUUCAAGCAAAGUUGACGUAUUUAACGCGAUUGAUCCAGUCGAAUAAAGAUCUGGAUGCAUGGAUCAAGGAAUUCACUGAACUGGUACAUCACUUAAAAGAAGAUAGUGUCAAUCGAAAACAGUUUCCCCUUAAAGACAAUAGUAGGACAGAUGAAAUUCAAUUAAAAUUGGACAUCGGUAAAACAUACACUCAACCUAUACACGAAUGGGUUGAACAAUUAAAACAGAAUGAGGUGAACACUUCAAUACAAGAUUUGCUGACUGAACAAAUCCACCGAUCGAAUCAAAUCUUUCAGUAUGCCAGAAAACAAAUUGAAGGUAUUAAACACGAACAGAAUAAACAGAAUGAAUUGUUGAAAAGUUUCGAAGCAGAAUUUGUUACUAUUGAAAAUUGGUUUAAAAAAUGGAAAGAAGCUCAUGCUUCAGUAAAGGUGAAAAUUUCAAAUCUCCUAUGUGAUAAAAAUCGAUUGGAUGAGAUCAAUAAAAUCGAUUUUGAAAUUGACAAUAUAAUCAACAGUUUGAAUGAAUUAAAAAAAGAGUUAGUAACUAAAAAUACACAAAGCCUGCUGUUAAAUUCUGAAAAUAAUGGUAACACUACUACGAACAAUAACAUCAGUAAUAUCGAGUUUAAUCGAUCAGCUCAGAAAAUGCUAUUGAUUAGUGAAAUUGACGAGAACCAACAAUCAGUCGAACAAAAUAUUGUUUCUUUAAAACGUGUAAAAGUUAAAAUACGCGAAUUGAGCAUAUCUCUGAAAAAGGCUAAACAAUGGGCAGGAGAAGUUUCAGAACAGAUGCCAAGGAUACGUGAUGGGAAGAGUCCGAUUAGGAUUUCACCAUAUCCCCUGAGAAGAAAUGAGACUGUUAAAUCCGGUCAUUGGAAAACCAACUAUCCUACAGAUUCCCAGUAUGCAACCAGUACAUUUAUGCCUCAAUCAAAACAGCUACAUUUAAAACAAUCUGGUGAGUUUAGGUCAGCAACACCACCGGCUUUCUGCAGUCUAAUCCAACAGACACGAGGUAAAGCCGAAGCUGUGAGCAGUUUCAUUGAAGAUGUGACUAAAUCAGCUUCUUUGACAGCCAAAGACGUCAACCAACUAUUAGACGAACUGGAACCGGAUAUAUCUGAAUUACGAAUGGAUUCUGGAGUUAUAACAACUGAAAUCGAUACCAUUCAAAGUCAAGUUGAACAAAUCAUCACGAGUGCUAUCGAUUAUAGACAGGAAUUAGAAGAACUUAUUGAUCAGCUGAGUCAUUUGGAGGAUUCACUGAACAAUUGUAAAAGUUGGCUUAGUGUCAGUUAUACACAGAUCAAAAAGAUGAGUCAACAGGCUAUAUCAGGAAUUACAGACCUGUCAGCAGUGAAUCAAUCCGCUGGAGACCAGGACCAAUUAUUGAUUGACAUAUUUAGUCCACUUGAUGGGUUAAUUCAAAGUUAUCAGGUAUUCCAAAGUGAACUAAUGUCUCGUAAGUCAGAAUUAACUCAACUGAACAGUUUAUGUGAAAUAAUUCAGAAGAAAACUGGUGAUUCAAGUGCUAAAAAUUCUUUAAAUCAACUAUUGGUUCAAAUUCAUAGUUUGAUUAAAAGUUGUGAGGAUGUUUUAUCCAAACUACAAUUAGUUUUCAUGGAGAACAGAGAGUUUCAAGUGUUAUGCGGCAAUGUCAAGCAUUUCCUUGACAGUCUAAACAGUGACCUCAAAGGUAUCAGUAAAGGCGAUCAGAUCUCAGGUCUGCCAGAGGCUGACUUGAGCACAUUAACUUCUAUGCGUGAAAAAUUACGUUCAUCUCAACCGAAGCUGUUAGAGUUAAGCGACAGGGCUGACAGAAUUUGUCGGGCAUCUUCAACUGCUGCACUAACAAUGAAUCAAAUGUUCAUACUGCAUACUGGUUAUUUCGACGCUAUAGACACUGCUAAUGUCAGUUCACCAGUACCAAUGGUAAAUUUCAAUCAAACGUCAGGUAUUCAACAUGGAUUUGAUAAUUAUAAUAAUACUGAGACUGUCGGUUCAAAAGCCAGACGACAGUUGAAUGAAUUUAGAAAAGAGUUUAGUGAAAUUAGUCAGAAAAUAACUGAGAACCAAGAGAAACUAAGUCACUUGGUGAAUGAACAGAAAAAUCUAACCGAAUUGUAUAAUGAUUUACGUGGAUGGACCGAAAAAGCAGAGAAGAGGUUAACAGUUCUCCAGUCGGGAAAAUUAUUGCAUCCAACUGAAGGCAACGAGGAACGAUUUCAAGCUUUUUCAAACCUUGGCUCUAUUAAACUGAGUGAUAAUCAAUGGAAUGUAUAUGUUCAACAAGUCAAGGCAUUACACAAAGAGCUUAAUGAAUAUACACCAAAGUACGAACAUUUUUGUGACACAUUACCCAAUACAUCAACGUUCAAUGGUCAAACCAGUAAAUUUAAUCAGUUAACAGAAAGAUUUGCUAAAUUGAAAGAACAAGUUCAACAAUGCGCAGAGUGGGUCAAUGUUAUACAGCAAAAUUUGUCAGUAUUUCGUGAUUCAGCACAAGCUACUGAACGCUGGAUGAGUAGUAUUAACUUUCGUUUAAUGUCAGCUGGAAACAAUAAUAUUACUGGUAAUAACAAUGCGAACUUAACAGGGAAUUUAUCCAUCUAUCAGGACGCUUCAACACAAAUUGACCAGUUAAUUAGAGAAAUUGAUAUAGAAGGGAAAAAUCUUUUAGAAAACACACAUCAAUCAGUUCAUCUGUUGAUACAUACAAUAUCAAAAGAUCAAAUGACGAAAAUGAACAAUAGAAUAUGUGAUUCUGUUGCUACCUGCCCUUAUCGACAAAUUCCUAUCGAUCAAGGCGUAAUUGAUAACUGGAAGUAUUUGGUGAAUAACAGUAACAGCGCAAGCGGGGAACAAGGCCUACUGGAGAGAAUUGCUUUAGAAGUAUUAGAAAGAACUAAAGAAAUAGAAACAAGUUAUGUGAAUAUUCAUACAAAUGCUCAAUCGAUAAAGAAUCGAUUGGAUGACCGUUUGAAUCGUUUCAAAUCAUACAUCGAUGCUCUGAAUUCUACUGCCACCUUUAUUCUAAAUGAUUUACAAUCCUGGUGGAGACGAUUGAGUCUGAUUAGUCAGUCGUCGUCAGCAGUAGCAGUGACUACAGCUGUAUCCUCAUCAGCAGCGGCAGUGAUGGGUAUUCCAACAGUGAAUCAGUUCCUCUCAGCGUCAGCAACAACUGAUGUCAAAGGAUAUACAGCAUAUACAAAUAAAAAUUUUAUCAAUUAUCAGAUAGAUCGACUGAAACAAUUAGCCACUGCUGAUAAGUCGCCAGCUAAAGCAGUUAGUCUUGAGGAUGUCGGUCAUCAAUUGGCUAUGACAUUAGCUAUGCAAUCUCAGUUGAUUACAAUGAAAAGAGAAUUAUCUGCACUGGCUUACAAGUGCGGUAUGUCCUCAGUAGAAAUUGAUUUCAUUUCACAUGAAAGUGGUCGAAACACCAAUGAAAAUAGUAAUCAUCAAAGUAACAGUACUGAUCAGACACUUGUAAAACUGUUAGCAAAACAUGUACAAAAUGCAAUUGACUUAGAAAAUAAAAAGCUUGAAUGUCACGCUGAACAAUUACGUGAAAUGAGAACUAAAUGGGAGCACUAUGUUAAAGAACGUGAUGUAUUCAGUCGUUGGUUAUCUGAACGUCAAACUGCCUGCCAUCAUUUGUUAGAAUUACGAUCAAGGUCUACACAACCUGAAGAUGAAGAGAGGAGAGCACUUGAAUUCAUUCGAAAAUUUCCAACUAUUUACAAGGACUUUCUGCAUAGUUUACAAGAUCGAGAAUAUCAGCUGACUGAGCUGUUAAAAAUGCAUCAAGAAUUGAUCCAGCGUAAUCCACAAAUUACUGAUUCCCUGCUAGAUAGAUUGAAUACCGAAUUUAAAAACCUCCUUAAUCAGACCUCUUCUAGAAUUCGCCAUGUAGAAAAGGAACAGAGCGAGAAGAAGGUAGCUGAAGAGUCUCAUUCAUCAGAAUAUCGUGGAAGAAUACCAAUUUUACCAGAGAAGGCAGAGUCAUUAGUCCAACAAUCGGCUAAAACAUUAAGACAUACACAACUAUUGAAUGAGUUAGCCAGAUCAGUGCGUCAGUUAAAGCAUGAAGUUAUCGAUGGUGAGAUGGAUGCACAAAGAAGUUAUUCAGUUGGUCGACAUGAUGAAAUUAGUAAUUCUUCGUGUGCUCCAGUCACUUCUGCUAAUCAGCUGUCUUUAAAAUCAUCAGCUAAUACUACCUUACAACAGACAAUAUCAACUGAAUCAAUUCGACGAAAUUUCCCGCCAUCUGAUUAUUAUCCAAUAAUACAUUUAAGCAAACAGUCAAACAGUAUUAAUAACAUUAGUAGCAGUAGUAGGAUUAGUAAGGCCCGCCCACAAUCAUCAAUGGACUAUACACCCGUUUGGUGUUUGGAUGAUACAAAACAGCCAGGAAAUCGACUAGUAAAUCAGUCAAAAGAUGCAACUGUGUCAUGUUAUCAUACAGAUGGUUGUCAACAGUAUUCUGCUUCUUCUCUUCGUAAGCCUUCUGCAUAUCAGAUACCAUGGAAAGAGGAAAUAUCCAUUGAAAAGUAAGUUUGAUGUUCAAGACAUACUUUUAGUUAUUUCCAAUGAUAACUGAUAUAAUAAGGUGUUUGGUUAGUUGUGGCUAGCAGUAUCAGCCAGAAUUCCUAUUUCUUCCCAUUUCAGACGCCAAAGCGUUAUAUAUUAGGCCACUUGGAUCGACUGGUGCUUGGACCAAGUCUCAGUGGGGAUUGUAGGCACAUUCAGGUGAUGAGUUCUUGAUAGGAUGAAAUGUGCAUCAUUCAUUCCCCUGUUAGUCACCAUACACCAAAUUACAUUAUUUUAAUCCUUAGGAACCGUCGAAGCCUCCUUGUUAGAAGCCAACCAUCAGUCGACUAUAAUUGAUCAACUGAUAGUUGAUCAGUAUUGUCUACGUUUCAAUAAGGUGAAUUGUAGACUCUCUGAAAGUUUUCAUGGGUGAAUAAAGAUACGUAGCUAUGCAUGCAGAAGCAUUAUCCUUAUUCAUUGAGCAACGUGCUGGAUUUGGAAAGAGAAUUAGUGGUGGUCAAAUCCAAAAGAAUUAGAAGAAUUCAUGAAAUGUUUGACUGUUGGUUUGAGCCAACCGAGAUGGGAAUUGUAGAGUGUCUGGCUGGUUAGGGUCAUUGAGAGACUGUCAUUACGGAUAUGAUUGAGAACCAUUUUCAAUGGCAUAGAUGUAUUUAUUCUUUGUAAUCUCUCACAUUCAUUAUAUCCUCAUUAUUUUCAGUGUACUUGUUCGCUAUCCUACACACUUCUGUUCCCUAUAACUCCCUCUAAUUUCUUUUUUCUCUACCUAAAUUUGCACAUUUGUGAAGUUUGAUCACUUAAAUAGUUCCCCCAUCUGUACAGAUGUCCAUAUACUACGGUGAAAAUAUUGAGUUCAACUGAAUUUUUGUGAAAUAUCUCCAAAAGAUUUCUACUAGUGUAAAACUGUUUAAGUAUACACACUUCUCAUAAUAUCACUGAACUUUUGAAUUAUAUUCGAUGGAUUAAAAAAUACUAUUGAGGCAAAUUUAUGUUAUUUUCAUCUCUAUAACGCUUCGAGUGGGGAACAUAUGGUUUCAAGCUUUUUGGGGGAGUUUCAGCGGCUGUAGUGUUGAUUUUACCGUCCUUAUGCACACAAGCUUCUUUCUUUUACGCGUUUGUUACUGGCUAGUACACUGGAUGAGGUUUAGGUGUGCAUAAAAGGUUAAGAAUCGAGAUCUGACCACGUGAGUACGUGGUUAUUGAGCAUUCUACUAUGGGAUCACCGCACUUGUCUGCAGCAUCAGAAUCAUAAUUUACAAUUUCCGGUUUUUCCUUUCUUUCAUUUUCAUCAAAAAACUCCACAGACCAUCAAUUUAUCCAUACAGUAGUCCAACUGAUAAGUCAAUCUCAUUUACUAAAUUACAUAACUCUGGAAAAUCAAAUACUCGUCUCCCACAAUCAAAUGAAUCUCUGUCAAGGAGUAUGUACACCCCAAAUAAUUCUAGAAGGAAAGUAGUCGCAUCUGCGAUACAGUCUACUGCAUAUUUGCCUAUUUCUUGAAGUUUAAAUGACAACUCUUUGUCAAGACGUAAAACAUGACCUUCAAGUUAUAUGAACCAUAAUUCAAAUAAAACAAUCCUGUCGAAUUUCUAAUGUCUAAAAAAAUCUAUUAUUACUACUAAUUAAUGAUUACACUGAAAUCGAAUGUCGCCUUUCAUCAUAAACUGACUAGUUUUCAUGUGCUUCCAAUCAUUCCCUGUCUCAAACUGAUGACGCUGUAAC